CUCUCCUGCUGUGGACAGGCCUCGACCACCGAGGGAACUGGGGCUCGAGCGCCAACAGCACGCAGACACCGACUGCUAGCAAUGGCCCUGGAAACGGUGAGGGAGCUCCUGAGCUUCGACUGCGGCUCCCUGGUGACUUAUCAGUUAGAUAAAACCUCCCAGCUGGAUGCCAUCAGCUUCCAGACCAACCUGAUGCGAGACAUAUUUGUGCAUUUCCCCGAGGUCGUGCUCAUCCACAGGACGCACAGCGGCAAGGGGAAAGCUCUGUACAUGUUCAUGGUCGACAAGCCUUUCCUGAAGCUGGAGGGUGAGAUGAUGAAGGUCAUUCACUUCGCAGUCCCCGCGAAGGAGUCUGCAGAGAGCUUGUCUCGCCUCUACAAGACAUUCAAGGCGUUUAACCCCGAGUGGAAGAAGAUCCAGACCUUCCUGGUGGACCCACACUUCCCGUUAUUGCCGAUCCUCUCCCAAGCGUUCCCGUCGGCAGAAGUGCAGCUAUCCGUCUUCCACGUGUGCAAAUACUUGCAGCACAAGAUCCACCAGAUGUCUUUGGAGUGCUACACGGAAAGGCUAAUUCUGAAUACCUUGAGGAACACAAUGUGUGCAGCCACAGAGAGCAACCUGCGAAAGAUGCAUACUGUUCUGAGCGAUUUUGUGAAGCCUGACUUGCUGCCACAGCUCCACAUCCACUGGCUCCUCAACAGCAAGAUCUGGGUCAUGCACAGCUGGAGGAACUGGGCUGAGAGCAGUGAGUAUUUUAAAGAACUGGAGAUCACCACUCGAGGCUUAAGUCAAGUCUUCUGCACUGGGCUCUCUCUGGAGACCUGCGCCACUUCUCUAGCAAAACACUACCAGAAAUGUGUGUCGGAGCGGUCUCCUGACGCCGUGCUGGUCUCCACUACCCCUUCGAGCAGCCAUAUGUCUAUCGAGGCAGCUCCGCAGAGCCUGUCGGCUCAGAUCUUGCCCCCAGCUUCUCAUCCCUCCACAUCUCUUCAUAACCAACCAGCCCAGAAGACAGCACUGGUCUCUCUCAAUCAUGGCUCUCUUGCAACUCUUCAGAAUCCCCUGAUCUUUCUUCAGAACCCCCUGGCAGCCCCUCAGAUUUCCCGGCUUCUGCAGAACCAUUCAACAAACGCUUGGAGCCCCUUGAACCUUCCUCUCCACGGAACUGCAAGAGAGACCAUCGCUGAGGACACAGACAGGGACCACGACACAGAGAGGAGCAGAGAGGCUGAUGAUCGCAUCGGUCAGUCCCUGCAGGACAUCUGCACAGCGCCCGCCACUAAACUCUGCUUGACCGAGUUUGCAGUGGUGCAGAAGUCUGUGCAGCUAAUUGGCACCAGUGAGGAUGCCAUCAACGUGCAGAUCCUCGAAGAUGCCCACAAGGUGGACCCAAAGGGCUUGAAAAGCUGUACUUGCCCCUUGAACCAAACCUUCCGGCUGCCCUGCAGGCACAUCCUGGCUGUGCUGAACUCAGACAGGCGGGUCUCGCAGCCAGAAAUGCUGAGCAAACAGUGGCAGAAGGGACCUGGUGGCUGUCAGGCAGGGCCAGAAAGCACCAAUGGCUUCUCAGAGGUUCUAAACAGCUCCUGGGAGAAGUCUCUGGAUAAAUCCCUGGUUGUGUCCUUUCUCACCAAAGAGAUCAGCCGCCUUCUGACCCAGUGCAGUAGUGAGGAGUUUGAUCGUAGGUACAACACCCUGCGGGAACUGGCUGACAGCUGGAUUGGACCUUACGUGGAAGUGAAGCUGUAGCUCUGACGCUGCUGCUUCCUAGCCCCUUCUGCUUGUGCCUUGCAGCUCUCUGGGGCAUGUGGGCAGAAGCAAGAUGUAAAAUGCUGGAGCAACAUCAGUUCAAAGCCACACGUCCUCCCUUUCGUCCUC